GGGAAGAAGGGAAGAAUUUUGAAGCAAAAAAGCACACGAGCAGCGAGGAGCGUUGGAUGCGCGAAUGGCAGUUCGCAUUUGAAAUAUUCGAAGCGACGGUCGGUCGCAGCAGCAGCGUCCAGUCAUGUCUUCCGACAAGACUGCUCCCCGAGAUGUGCCAGACAUCGUUGUUGACCGUCGAGCCAAGAAAGAAUAUGUCCGAGGACGAUUCCUCGGCAAGGGAGGAUUUGCCAAGUGCUACGAAAUGACCGACAAGGACACCAACGUGAUGUAUGCCGGCAAGGUGGUCUCGAAGGCCUUGCUGCUUAAAUCCCACCAGAAGGAAAAGAUGGCACAGGAGAUCACAAUCCACAAAAGCCUAGACCACAAGCACGUGGUCGGCUUUCACAGCUACUUCGAGGACGAGAAGAAUGUUUACAUCAUACUGGAGCUGUGUGGCCGGAGGUCCCUGAUGGAGAUGCACCGGCGGCGGCAGACGCUAACGGAGCCCGAGGUGCGCUACUUCCUGCAGCACCUGGUGCAGGCCUGCCACUACCUGGUCUCCCAAAAGGUGAUCCACCGGGACCUCAAGCUUGGCAACCUGCUGCUCACAGACCGCAUGGAGCUCAAGGUCGGCGACUUCGGCCUGGCCACCCGUAUAGACUACGAGGGCGAGCGCAAGAAGACGCUUUGUGGCACCCCAAACUACAUUGCACCAGAGAUCCUGGGCAAGAAGGGCCAUAGCUACGAGGUGGAUGUCUGGUCCAUUGGCUGCAUUCUCUUCACGCUGCUGGUGGGGCGGCCGCCAUUUGAGACGUCCACCCUGAAGGAGACGUAUGGGCGCAUCAAGAAGAACGAGUACCACGUGCCCAAGAGCGUGAGCAGUCCCGCCCGGAACCUCAUCAACCGCAUGCUCCAGCCGGAGCCCGAGCGGCGGCCCACCAUCGAGGCGGUGCUCAACGACGACUUCAUGCACUCCGGCCCUCUCCCGCGACGGCUGCCGGUGUCGUGCCUGACCACCGCCCCUCGCUUCGACACACUCAAUGCCAGCUUUGUCCCGCGCAAGCCACUGCUUGAACUAAACACUGGGGCAGAGUUGGACCCCAAGGUCACUCCCAUCCCCGCCUCCAAGAGUGGCAAGGCGCCGAUCAGGAAGCCAGCGUCCACAAAACCCACCUCCGGCCGCAUUCCGGCGGCCCCCAGCAACCCUCCCGCUGACCCAGAGGAGGCGACGGCCGCCAGCGCGGCCUGUCAGCGUAACCGGGACCACCUCCUGGGCGACCUCCUCAAGCAGCUACAGGACCUGGUGGCAGCGCGUCCGCAGGAGCGCAAGUUCACCCUGGAUGACGACGCGGAAGACCCGGCCUCGGUGCCAGUGUUUUGGGUGAGCAAGUGGGUGGACUACACGGACAAGUACGGGCUUGGCUACCAGCUGUGCGACAACAGCAUCGGCGUGCUCUUCAACGACAACACACGCAUCAUCCUGCUCAACAACCAAAAGAGCGUGACCUACGUGGACGACCAGUGUAUCGAAAACUACUACGCGAUGGACGGAUACCCUGCGACUUUGGAGAAAAAGAUGACGCUCCUGCGCUACUUCAGUGACUACAUGAAGCAGUUCCUGCUCAAGGCGGGGGAGAGCGUGGCCCCCAGGGAGGUGGAUGACCUCGUGAGGCUGCCCUGCCUCGGGUCGUGGUUCCGGACUCAUUCGGCCAUCGUGCUCUACCUCACUAACGGCACAGUCCAGUUGAAUUUCUUCCAAGACCACACUAAGAUCAUCCUGUGUCCGCUCAUGGGUGCGGUCUCCUACAUAGACCAAAAGAAAACCUUUCGCACGUACCGUCUCGAGACUCUGCAGAAGAUGGGAUGCCCUGAGGAGCUCUUCUCGCGGCUCAAGUAUGCCAAGGGCAUGGUGGAAAGGCUGGCACGAGAGCAGUGAAAGCCCCCCUUGUCCCAUCCACGUUUUUUUUUUUUUAUUGCUGCGAUUGCCCAAGCAUUUUUUUACUCAAAUGGACGCAGUGAGGUUCCUCACCACAGCUCGUCCAAUUUUUUAUGCAUAUUUUUUUAUGUGUACCUUG